GCGAGGCUUUGGAAACAGGCAUGCAGACAGCCGACCACUGCAAAGUGUUGAGCGCGGGACAGACUGGCUUCAGCCCACAGCACUCUUCCUCAGCCCAAGAGAAGACCCCAAACCACUGAUGUGAGGCUCUCCCACUCAUCCCAACCAAUAAUGUGAAAAUCAGACGGACACGUUUGUCGUCGCUUCGUUGUAGCCUACUCGAGUGCCUUCUAUUUUCAACACUGUCCCACAGUUUGCAGCCAGGCUACAGAAGGCUAUCCACAAGGAUACCUGGUGUGAGAUGCGGCAAUGUCCCGAGGAAUAUGCCCACGCGUAAACUCUUGCGGAUCCUUUUGGAUUUUGUCAGCGGUCAUAUUUGCGGCAAAUGUGAUCGACACGGACGCGUACAGCUGUCAUGAGGUGAGGACCGCUUUCCAGCUGCGGCAGGUCGGGCCGCUGCACCGCGUUCCGGAGACACCUGGCACAGAUGUGGAUCUGUUGGUUUGUAAGCACCCGGGUCCGUCCUGCUGCACCCGGAAGAUGGAGGAGAGCUACCAGUUGGCUGUAAAAAGAGAAACACUCCACAACAUUCAGUCCUACAGCUAUGAGCUCGAACACCUCAUCUCCGGCCACUCGGACGCCUUCCAGGACAUGUUCCAGUACCUUCUGUCCUUCUCUCAGGGCCACCUGAGUUCUCUGUUGGAGGGAACCUACUCAUCCCUGUCCCGCCAUACCCUACCCCAUGUUAACCAACUCUUCUCCUCACUCUCCCUCUACCUCCGCGGGGCCAACGUCUCAGUGGAGGUGUCAGUCCACCAGUUUUUUAACAACCUCUUCCCACUCGUUUACACACGGGUCAUCAAUCCAGGCAUUGAUGGCAGCAUGAUGAUGGGCAACGAAAUGGGUGACUGUCUCCGUAUGAUCAGGCAGGAUGUCAACCCUUUUGGGCGUUAUCCAGCCACCAUGGCCCAGGAGCUGGCUGGGGCGUUGGGAGCCGGGAGACAACUGGGCCUGGCCCUGGAGGAAGGUUUGGAGGUGAUGAAUGCCACUGAAAAUCUCAGCAUGAGCAAAGAGUGUGUGAAGGGCCUGGUGAAGAUGGUGUACUGCUCCCACUGCAGAGGCUUGACACUCAUCAAGCCCUGCGUGGGCUACUGUCUGAAUGUAAUGCGAGGCUGCUUGGCCAGCGUGUCAGAGCUGGAUCAGCCUUGGAGGAGGUAUACCAGCCUGUUGGAGCAACUAACCCACGCCAUGGCGGGGCACCACAGUCUGGAACUAGCCCUGCUGGGGGUUAGGGAGCACGUUAAUGAGGCCUUGCUCUACGCACAGCUCCAUGGUCCACUCAUCACUGCCACGGUGGACAAGGUGUGUGGCCUGUCUACUGGGGAACCUACAAGCAUGCAACCAACAAGCCCAGAGGUCACAACCUCUACCGUGACCUCAUCUUCUCUUCCUCCAUCUGCUGCCCCCUCCCAACCUCUACCAGAGCAGUGGCUGGGGCAGUUAGCCCACUUGAGGAGCCCGUUCCCCCUGAAACCCUCCAAGAACAAUAAACAUAGUCUGAGAACACUCUCUAGGGAGUUCUUGAUGUACCUGCAGCGCUACAAGUCUUUCUUUGCGGCGUUGCCAGAGAUGCUGUGCGAAGGGGAGAAUGUAGUAGACGACUCCAUGUGCUGGAGCGGAGAUGAGGUGGUGGAGAGCUACACUGGCAGAGUUGUAGGAAAUGGUCUGCACGCCCAGAGGCAAAACCCAGAGGUCAAAGUUCGCAGCCCGAACCCUACACUGGCGGAAGUCAAGGAGAGGUUGGAGCGCUUCAACCAGGAGACCCAGGAGACGUUUCCAAAACUGGGCCAGAUGGAUGCCUGGGAUGAACUGGGCAGUGGGGAAACAGAGGAGAGCAGCACCACAGACUGUGAUGAUGAAGAUGGAUGCCAAGCCUCAGGAGAUGGUCAAGACCAGACGUCACAUACAGAAGCUUCCAGUGAAGGAAAGCCCAUUGAGAGACAGCCUGGAGGUGGCAGUCCACGUGACAACCCUUCCAAGCCCCCCUCGGUAAAGGUGAUAGGGGGCUCGGCGUCUGCCUGCUGGGCACGGCCCUGGAGCCUGGCGCUGCUCUUGGCUGCGUUUUGCUUGCAGUGGACCCUGUUCUGAUGCCAGCGCCCUCUGUGAAUCCACCGCCGCCCCCUGCCCCCUUUAGGAACCACACACAUGCACAGAGACCCUCAUAUCAUAUACAUAAAACGCAUAGUAUCCUUACUCCUGUCCUCAAUGUACUUGUAAGGAUGGUAAUGAUGGAAAAAUGGAAAGCAAGACAAGGUGUGGAAGAGAAGAGGACAACGUUGUAGGAGGCUGUAGACAGGGACCUCUUGCAGCAACUUGUAGUCCUGCACCAAUGUGGGUGUGCGCACAAGCUAAUCUCAUGCACGCUCAUCUACGAAGAUUAGGCCAGCUGCUUCUUCUGGGCUGUUGGGGCUAGACGUUUGUGUAUAAAGACGCCAAUACAGCCCCACCACUCACACAAUCACACCCUUUGUGGUUCAGAAAGAGACUGCAUCAUUCUGUUUUUACUUAAAAGUGCUUACACAUAUACAGACUCAUAUUUAGUUUCUCAUGUAACGUUACAGUAAAAAUACAGCCAUCUUCGUUGUUCUGGUGUUGGAUUUUUACUUGUUCCUUUCUGGCUUAAAAAAAAACAAAAAAACUCCUCACGGCCACUGCACCAUUCGCCAGCCAGGCAGAAGAAUUCAGCUCAUUUGAAAACUCAACUCAUUUUCUUUUUCGAGGAUUAAGGAAUGCAUGAUAGAUUGAUAGAUCAAUCCCAGGUGCCUGGCCCAGAACAGCAGAUUUGAUAUACUCGAAUGACUGUGUACCUUGGCGGGGGAUUAAAAUGUAAUGAGUUCACAGGUAGAGCACGGGCGGGCACACUUGCACGGCUGAACACAUUGUGCAGACAAACUAGGUGUGUAUAGUAUGUAUCUGUAUAUAGGUGGAAAGAUUUGAUAGAGCGUAUAAGGUUCUGAUUCAACAAAAAGCUCUUAACUGAUUUAACUGAAUGGGUUUUUUCCCCUUAGCUACGAACAGACUGUGCUUGUCUGCAACAUAUAUAACGAUGCAAAACAAACUAUAGAGAUUUAAUUUCUGUAAGCAAUAAAGCAGGAAUUCACGUCAUUUUUUCAACUCAAGCCAUUGACAUAAAUGGAUCCAUUUUGGAUGUAGCCUGUACAUUGUUGAUUUUACUAAUGUUUAUUGUGCAUCCAGUUUUGUGUGUUUGCUCAUUGAAUUGCACAAUAAUGCAUGAAUAACCUAAAAAUUGCUAUAGUCAGGCCCUUCUUCGGAAAGCACAAAAAAUGUGCACAUUGCCUUUUCCAUUACAUCUCUCUGAUGGUGUAACAUCAGGUAUUAACUUCCUCUCUCAAAGGAUGGUUUGGAACUUGAAAACAAGAGGAAGGCUGGGUUGCAGAUCCAACACAUGCAGAUUAAAAUACAAAUUAACACACGCUCGCAAAAAAGACACACGUACAAUCGGUUUUACAAAGUUGGGUGCAUCUAUUGUCCAGUAUAGUGGUAGCCACUGUGUCCCUCUUUGUGGAUUUAUCAUACAUUUUGCCAAAGAGCUCUAAUGUCUCUUCACUCACUGUUAAGCAGACCAUUCCUUGGAGUUCCGACAGAAUACAUCCUUCUUUGUUUUAAAUGAUUCCUCAUGGGGAUGGAGCAAAAGGGAAGU